GCAGAAUAUGGUCUAUAGCCAAAUCUCAAUUGGAUGUUGGUCAACCCGUUUAUGUUCAUUGUCAGUGGAAAGGAAAGUGUGGGAGAAAAAGAACACCUAUUGACACAGAAAAGAUGGCAGGUGUGCCAUUUAAUAGGCGAAAGAACAUGCGUGCACUUGGAUAUGCCAUGGAGGUGUCAAAGUCAACUGUGCACAGAUGGCUUCAGUUGAAAGAGAUCAGAAGGCAUUCCAAUGCUAUUAAGCCACUUCUAAGUGAAGAAGGCCAAGCAGCUCAAAGGGCCAGUAAGAAUAGACCUGCAGGGACUAUGAAAGUGAAACCAAUCCCUAACAUCACUAGAGAGGUCAUGCUGAGCAUGUUACUCACUAAGGUACUGCCUGCAAUAAAGGAAAAAUGGCCAGGUUCAUCCAGGAAUGUUAUUAUCCAACAGGAUAAUGCCAAACCACACGUGGAUGGAAGUGACCUUCAAUUUCUGCAAGCAGCUACAGAAGGAGAAUGGAACAUUAAACUUAAAUUCCAACCCCUCAACAGCCCAGAUCUUAAUGUACUGGAUCUUGGGUUCUUUAGGGCCAUUGAUUCAUUGCAGGACCAGUCAGGUCCCAGGUCAUUGGAUGACUUGAUUAGUGCUGUAACAACAGCAUUUGAAGAACUAUCACAUGAAAAGCUGAAUAAUGUGUUCUUAACCUUACAAGGGGUCAUGAGUCAGGUUUUAGCCACCAAUGGAGGGAAUCAGUUCAAAAUCCCUCACAUUGGGAAAACCAAACUGGCCAGACAAGGUACACUGCCUCAGAACUUAGGGGUCAGUAUUGAAGUCUUUCAGAAGGCACACACAUUGGUGCCUUCUGAAAACACAAAUGCUAAACAUGUGGGAGAGAGGAACAAAAAUCCAAAGAUAGAUCCAGAGAGGAAGAGCUUGGCGACAGGGAAGAGCUUGGCAAAGAAGUGAGUUGGGUGGGAAUCAAGUGGCGUGGAUUGAUUAAAGUGGGUUGGGUGGGAAUCAAUUAGGGCAAAGGGU